AUGGACACCGGCAAUCUCGUCGAAAUCUACCUCUCCAGCAUCUGGCAGUACCAUGCUGCCGGUGUUGAACGCGUGUUCGAAGCACUGCGCAAGAAGCAUCCCGGCGGCCAAUACACUUUCGACCCGGACUUGAGCUGGUUCAAGGUGUCUUGCCGGGCCACCGAUGUGCGUCAUGUACAGGCUAUCUUUCAAGAGGUUCAUGACGAGAUGGAGCACAGCCUAGGUGGUCAACGGGCUAAGGUCCCAACCAACAAUAUGUGGCUGAAGCUUCCGACUCCUGGUGACCUUCCGAAUGACCCAGUCGAAAAGGCAGUUGUCGACCAGCUGUGCCCAGUUACGUUCGACCGGUUCAAUUUCCGCAAGGUUUGGUCACGCGUUAAGAACGAAAUGCCCGACAGUAUCUCGGUGCACAAGGUCCUCGACGAAGAAGCUCGGCAGUCUAUCAUGGCCCUUUCGGGUGCCCAUGUUGCGAUUGAUACAACCACUGCUCGGCUGGUCUACAUCGGCGGAGCGAAGCGAGACGAAGUGGCUAAAGCCAACAAGUUGCUUGACAAUCUUUUCAACAAGUUUAUAUUCGUCAUGCCAUCCCCGAAGCAUUUGCUGUAUGCAGAGUCCGAAGGCCCGUAUCAUGUAGAUGCUCGCUUCAUGGCCCACGUCAACGACAACAUGCUCACUUCAACCAUCUUCGAUCCCAGCCAGUUCCCUGAAGCGAUGCUCGACCGCAUGUUCAAGACCGUGUUUGCAAAAGGAGUCUGUCUUCGCAUCUGUACCUUUGACCAUGCUAAACGGACGGAAGUCUCCCUCUUUGGCCCCAGGUCACCUCAGAUCUUCACCGACCAAGCACGGAAAUGGCCCUUGUGGUUCAAGAAGGCGGAGUAUAGGCCGAAGAUUCUGGGCGUGACAGCACCCAAGAAGGGCCUAGUAGAGAAGCCAGUGCAGAAGCCGCCGACUGUCCUGCCAUCGGGAGAGACUGUGUCCUACAGGAAGGAACCUACUCUCUUUGGAAACGACAAAGCAAACGAACACCUCAAGGAAAAUGAGGCCAAUAAAGUGCCAGCACCGUCAGAGCAAUUCGAUCUCCUCGGGCUGGAUAUUCCAGAUCCGAAAGCAAUGAAACUUCUUUGGGACUUUAUGAACAGCUCCAAAAACGGCUAUGAUGGUCCGGUCGAGGAGGAGCCACUUAUUGAUUUCGUGGACAAAACAAAAUCACCAUCGUCACCGUCAGCGGCAGAUCUUGUCACUCCCACCCCAGGGCAAACCGAUUUGUUGAUCCAACUCGAUCCCUCGGCUCCUCGAGACACUUCUUCCUCUGCAUCUCUGCAAAAGCAGCUCGUACCCUUCGGACAAGCGGGACUCUGCACCAGUAUUGGCCGCCUCAUGGCAGAUCUGCCGUACGCCAAAGGCCGGAUCCGGCUGCAGGUCGAGCUGGGCCGUGUGUACAUCAUGGAUGCCAGUCCAGAAGGUCUUGCCUUCAAUUUGCCUGGCGAGGCCGCGUCGGGCUGGCCGCACACUGAAAUUGUCACGCGACUGGACACAAUCUGCGUCUCGCCUGAGAGCAUUGUGUUUACCAAGGCGCUGACUCUGUUCGGCAACGACAUGGAAAGCAUUAUCGGUGUCAAUCAGAACACCGUCUUUGGCGACCAGUCCGCCGACGAUACCAGCCAUCUGCCCCAGAUCGAACCGGAAAACAAAAACGAAACCAAUGACUGGUCAGCUCCGAUGAAACUGGACUGGAACUUCCACGAGAAACGGAUCGUUUACGAGUUUAAGUGCCAACGUGUCUACAUGAAUAGCAACAAUGUCAUUAAGGCACUGAGUCCCUUUGUCAUCGAAAUUGACGGGACAGAGCCUGGACUGUUCACUUACGCCAUUCGCAGUGUCGAAGACACUCGACCACCUAUAUGGAUCCACUGCAUUCGGCGACAUUGGGACGCCCGUGUUUCGGUAUCGUACAGCAAGACCGACAAGCUGGAGGAAGAGUACGGCGAUUUCGCGCGUGCCCUUUUGCACACCUUGGUCGUUCCCCCCAGUCCAAUCACGAGCCCCAAGUUCCAAUUUGCCUACGACCUUCGCGAGGUCAAGACCGACAGCCAAUCGUAUUCAACUGCAGUCCUCUCAGCGCGCGUCCGCAACGUGGGUCGCUUCCAGAGCGCAGACUUGCAGACUUUCCUAGAUAUCUCGUGGAACUGGCUCAUGGCAUUGACCAAGCGACCUGGUAAUGAAGGAUCUUCCGUGGGUACCGCGUAUGCGACGCCGGCUGUGGACGACCCCCGACGGGGUGUGUUCACAACGUGGUACGAGGCCAGCGUGGUGUCGGCUGCGGCCGAAGCGGCUUUCCAGGAGAACGAGAAGCUUCCUCUCGGAUGCGUGGCGGCUUGGGGUAGCGGAGGAAGUAACGCGCGGGAGGAAAUGUACGAAGCGGCGUUUGGCCCUGCCCUUAAGCUCGUUCAGAAGAUGGAUGGUGUCGGAGUUCUUAUUGACAACGGUCAGGGUGACAAACAGUGGGCACCGCCGGUCAAGGCGAGUCAAGUGGCUCUAGCUGUGCAAAAGUUUUGGUAG